AUGACGCUGAUCAAAUUGACUGUUAGACGCCACUGCAUUCUCAUGAUUCGUCUGCGGAUCAAGUUCUCAUGCCUCCAAGAUUUAUCCUGCUUUACACUGAACAUGUCUGCUUUAUCAGUCUUAUAUGAACUCCUUAGAGAAUCUUGCAUGCCGUUAUCAUAUCUCCUCGAUUCUGUCUUUCUUCAGGUGUGGAUCCGUUCUACCUUCAAGAAACACCUGCGCCCUAAGAAGAAGCCUAAAGUAGAGAGAAAAAAGUCGGCUAAUUGGCGAAGAAUCUCCAAGAAGAACGGUUCCGAACCCCCGCUAAUCACAGCCCUUUCUUCUUUAGCAGUUAUGCACGGUGACUUCGAGACAGAUGAAGAGGACUUCGGGGUCACGGAUGACGCUGGGGACCCCAUCACCAACAGCAGGGAGCAGGGGGAUUUGAUGUGUGAGGAUGUCAUCACGCAGGAGGAACUGGACAUGUUGGAUUCUCAAGUCAACCCCUUCAACUACAGUGAGCGCGUCUCGCAGACCACCAGACGCAAACUCCAGAACACAGGAGUGCAGACAGAUCCGCCUCCCGGAACCUCCUACUCGGGAAAUGUAGGGUUCAGCGUUAUCUAUGAUGCCUAUCAGAGAGACUACGACUUCAAGCUACUGAACAAACAAAAGGAGUUGGAUAAGGAGCAAGGAAAUGAUACCGUGGUGGGAGAUAAUCAAAGAAGCAUAUACCUGACCCUAGAGACGCAGCCAACCCAGUCAUCGUCUGAUGCGCCGGAAAAGGUCUCCUUCAACAUACCGGGACUCCAUCUUGCUACCGUCGUUGUCGAGAGGAUGGUCAGCCAAAAUAUCUUCGAUGAUAUCAUACAAGAUUUCAUGUACUGGGAGGACGGCGGGGACGAGUACCAUCCCCUGGAGGGGUCGCUCCUGCCUCUCUGGAAGUUCACUACAGACGACACGCGCUCUCUAAUCGUCUCUGAUGUGUGCUGGAGCCCUGUGUACGCUGACCUAUUUUCCGUCUCCUACACCACUGGUCAGUAG